AUGCUCUUACCAACAGAGAGUACCCCGUACAGAAACCACGAACAUCUUAGACUUUGCCUCUACCGUGCUCGUAAGACUGACCCCCACAAGUAUGAUGCGGCUCAACGAAUACUCUACACUUCCAUCAAACUCAACAUGCACAUCACGGCAGGCUCGGCAAAAACCUUGCAGCCUCAACUACGAGCCAACGAAAUCCUCGAAGCCUCACAUUCUAUGACACUGCGUGUGGGACUUGGGGAAAUUGGCACGGACAACGUUGAAAACAAGUCUGACGCCGAUGUAUGCGAGGGUGGACUUGUUCGCCGAAGAAUCCACCAGAUCCGAGCUUGCGUUCUGCUCUCACUCGGACCCCUCAAGGAUGACGCCUCUUGCCCAGACACGGUAUUAUAUGGCGUGUUUCUAUACAUCGCCGCGAAAGAGAUCGACCGCUGA